AUGAGGGAAAGGGGAGGCAGGAGAAGGAGAGACCUGAGGCGGCCUGACCUGCAGUCUAUCUGGAUAUGGGAUCAUAAAAUUGUUUCCUCAACCUCAACAUUUUACUCAACUUUUAGUAAGCCAUGGAGGCCUUUUCCAGAGAAUAAUGAGGAUAUCCUGGAAUUUCUGAAGAAAUAUAGACCUCAAAAUCAGGAAGCAAAUCAUCUCAGAAUUUUGUUUUUUGGACCAGAUGGUGCAGGAAAAUCAAGCUUCAUCAACUCUGUUGACAGUGUUUUACAGGGUAGAGUUGCUGGUCGAGAUUUGACUGAUGCAAUCUCUGGAAAAAGUUUCACUCGAAAGUACAAAAGUUACAAAUUCUCCAAAGGCAGUCAAGGUCAUUACUCGUUUUUUUGCAACGACAUCAUGGGCAUGGCGCAAAAGGAUGGUGGCAUUCAUGUGGACGACAUCAAACUUGCCCUGAGGGGACAUGUUACUGAAGGUUACGAGUUCAUUCCACGAAAACAACUGAGAGAGGGUGAUGAGGGAUACCACUCAUGUCCCAGCCUGAAUGACAGAGUUCAUGUUCUGGUCACUGUUGUUCCUGCUGGCUCAGUGUCUCUACUAAGUGAAGAGGUUGUGAAAAAGCUGAGAAAAGUCAGACUGACAGCCAGUGAAAUGGACAUUCCCCAGCUGGCUAUUCUCACCAAAGUUGAUGAAGCCUGUCCUAAGGCGAAACAGGAUACCAAAAAUAUCUACAAGAGCAAGUACCUGAAAGAACAGGUUGAAAAAUUUAGCCAGCUGCUGGGACUCCCAGUGAACUGCAUCUUUCUUGUAAAGAACUACAGUUCAGAAAACAGCAGCGAUGACGCCACUGAUGCUCAUAUCCUGUGUGCACUGAAGCAAAUGGUUGUCUAUGGAGACGACUUCCUCACCCACUUGAAUGACGAGAUGUGAGACUGAACGCAGUACUGACUAAAAUAUAAAUCACGUCGCAGUUAUUUUACUUGGUUGGAUUUGAAGCAUUCAUUUUUGAAAAAAGAAAGUUCUUAAAUGUCUGUCUCCAGACGUUAUUUAUCAUUUUAUCAGUAUUUGUCAGCUGACACACAAUCAUGCUGUCGUACUCUUAACAUUGCCAGUAUUAAAUGUAAAAACUAUAAUGACAACCAAAAGAUGAAAAUGAUCUUGUUUCACUAUGACAAAUAUGCAUCCCUUCAUUUAAACAUUAUAAUGUGAGGCUUCAUUAAAUCCCUGUAGAGUGACAUUUAGUUAGAUAUAGUCUUGUUAUUUUACUCUAUAUGGAGAAAUUUACAAACAUUUAGCCGAAGCUACUCUUAUAUUUUGAUGUACAAAAAUCUUUGUUAUGGUUAUGGUAGAUUUUUUUAUUGGGCUGUUUAAUUGUUGCAAAAUUAUUCAGAUUAUUCACUUCUAUUUUGUAUGAAUGAUAUUUGAUUAGUCCCUUCCUUGUUUCCCGCUAUGUUAUCCCCUCUGUUGGUAUUUUAUGGGUUCAGAUGUUUUUAAUUACUACCUUUUCUGAUUGGGUAAUUAGAUAAUGUACUAAUCUAGAACAUAUUCUGCUCUGGAGCAGGUUAUGUUCUACAGUAGAGACAAGGAAGUAAGAAAUUAUCACCUACUGACCAAUUUUCUGGAAAAUUGUGUCACCAUGUAUUGAAGAUCCCUCAGACACCCGUGUGAAGAUAGUGUAAUUUUUCAGUGUUGUCUAAUUUCUUUAUUUUCCUGAUGAUCAGCAAGAAAUAAAAAUUGUUAGCAGCAAUUUUAUAAUUAGAUUUUCCUCCUGCUGGCUGCAAACAUUUUAACAUAUUAUGUCCAAAAUACAGCAACUUUGUGUUCUCGCUGCCCUUAUAUCAAAUUUGGACAUAGUUUCAUUUAGGUUUUAAGUCAUUUUAAGUCUAAAUAUUUAAUCUUUAUUCUAAGACUGCUAAGCACCACCAAGUCUGCAGUGAAGAGAGUAAAAACUAAAAGUUAUUUUCAGGCAUUAAUUUGAUGAACUAUUGGAUCAUAAUCUGUGGGUUCAUAAUCCAUCACAUUCUUCACAUUUUUUUUCUUCACAGUUUUACAACUGUGUCAGCACAGCCACUGGGUACCCAGUAUGCCACUCAGUAAGUAGCUGGUGUCUUCCAACAACCACCAUAGCAAUCUGCAAGGAGGUUUCCAAUCCAGCACUGGCAAGUUUCAUACUAGCAACUGCCAGGAGCCACUCAACAUAGAUGGUUGCUAACUGGUUCCUAGGCCUGAGUGUCCAGGAAGGAAAUAAGUGGAGUGAUGUAUAAUCUUUGAGAAGGGGAGAUGCAGAUGUUAUUUUUGUUUUUAUUAAACAAAAGGACAACAGAACAGCACUAUACUGCUAGCACAACUUCUGCUCAUUGAUAGUAUGCUGUCUGUGCAGAUACUAACACAAAGCUAGCAAAGAAUGCAGAGCGAUGAUAAAACUGGCUGCAUCCCAACGUCAGGUCAGAAGCUCGAACGUGAUCUUUAGCAGGUAACAAAAGCAGUAACCUUAACGUUCAUGUGGUGUAAUCUGUUUUAGUGUGACCUGGUUAUUGUGAAAGGCUUAAGGGGAAAGAAGUUCGAUUGUGAACCAGCAGCUUGCUGAAAAUAAAAUGUCGUGGAUACGUGGAUUUGGAUAAUAAAGGACGAGUCUGAGUUGCUCUACAAAGUGUCACUUGAAUCUUUGUCCCUCAAAAUGCCACCUGUCAACCGUGUCUCCACAGCAGAAUCGCAGUGACAAUAACUGUCUCUCUGUGUUUUCAUCUUUCUGUUUAAAGUUUGUAAAUCAUUAUUAGGAUAGGGAUUUGUGUCUGUGCUUGAAUGUAGUAUAAGUUUUAUUAUUGUUGU